UCCACCAGCCAACAGUAUCCAAAGUGCAGUGAAGCGAUUGACUGGAAGCUCUGAGAAAGUUUUAUUGAAGCCGUGCAAAAGUGUUAAGUGUUGAGGGCAAAAAUUCUUGAAGUUCAAAAUCAGACAAAAUGCAUUUUUCAAAUAGUGCCCGGUGGAUCGUUCUUGGAGUGGCAGUGUCUUUCGUGAUGAUGAUCACCAUGCCCAGUGUCAGUGAAGCGAAACCAAUCGAUGUGUGGGAUCAACUGACGAGAGACGGUGGAAAAAUGUUCUACAAAAUGUUGGAAUACCUAAGUGAUUAUGAUGAGUUUGAUGAAGAGCACCAUUAUCAGAAGCGGGAAGGAUCGGCUCCGCUUCUGCAAACCAGUAACCGAGUGGAAAGUGCAGCAAAGGACGACAAGUGCAUGCUGCCAGUGCGGAAAGGUGUUUGCCGAGCGCUGCUUCCGAGAUGGAGAUACGAUCCCGAGUCGAAGUCCUGCCACGAAUUUACCUUCGGUGGCUGCGAUGGCAACGCGAACAAUUUCCUCACCUACGAAAAGUGCAUGGAAACGUGCAAGGGCGUGUGAUGGACGCAUAGUCUGUCCCAGCAGCAACAGCUACCCAGCGGACUUGUAAUGCAAAAACCAUCUGGUACAAAUCCGACCGUUUCCGAGGAUGAACGAUGGAAAUCUACAGCAGGAGCGGUCACUUUCCGAGACACUAAUAAUUAAUGAAUGAAGAAAACACCCCUUUUAAUAGACUUGAAGAAAAGACUAUGAACCUCGUGACAAACCCAGUGCGGUCAUGAACCAGCUAAAAUUCCCACCAAGUGAUACUUUUUUGUUAGGCUUUAAAUUGUUCGCGUUUUAUUUUAGAAAGUAAGUAUUCUGAGUGUAUUAAGAUUGUUUAAGAUAUUUAUUGAAUAAAUAUAUUUUUUUUUUUUU